AUGCUAUUUCAUCGCGAAGACUUUGAUAAAGGCGAUACCAUCUCGUCAACAUUAUUUACCGCCACUCUCCAGAACGUCAUGCGAACAUUGGAAUGGGAUAACAUGCGAGUGAAAAUCGAUGGUCAGCAAUUACACCAUCCUCGCUUUUCCGAUGACAUCGUUCUUAUAAAGCCAAAUAUUAGCCAAGCGGAACGAAUGCUUGCCGACUUUGAUAAAGCCUUUGAAAAGAUUGGUCUUCGAUAA